AGGUACAAAGUGUCCACUGGUGUCCAUCUCAUUACAUACAACAUAACAUCCUGUUGAAAAACAAUUAUAAGAGACUGUGCGCGAAAUAAGUCUAUGGACUACCGUGUUAUGGACUCUACCGGCAGAGCACUAUCUGUAUAUUUGCCAGGAUAAAGUGAUAGCUCAAACUUGACGUAAUAAAACAUUCAUGAGACCAAAACAGGAAAGUUGAAAAUGGCAACUACACAAUAUUUCACAGUGAUCAUAUCGAAAUUUCACCGUUCGUAUUUGAAAACUAUUUUGUGUUCAAAUUUCAGCCAUUACAACAACUAACAAUCGAUGUUGAGGUUACGUCAUCCUACCCGUAACGAUGCCGUAAGCACACGGCCCGUGCGCAUACGUACUUAUGUCAGUACAUGUGAAGCCAAGUUCCAAUAUGGUUGACAUUAGAAGUCAGAAUGAUGCUGAGCAUGACAAGAAAUUCGAGCAAGACCCGGGUCAUAGAUGUGGAACUGGUGCUUCCACUCCAUCCUCUCUGUCUGAUUAUAUCACUAGUGACGCCGAUGACAGUUCUGACGGUAGAUGUGCCGCACCAUUUACAUUGAGAUCCAUUGAAACGCAACUCGUUUUGACAAGGGAUGCCACGCCAACGGAUCUGCGGGAAAUGGUCAAACGUUGUAAAGAAAUGGUGAUGGAAAGUGCAGAAUGCAGUGAAGAACGCAAAUGGCUCGUCAGACGUCUCAUUGAAUUACGUCUGCGGGCUCAAGAACUAAGAGAAGUAUCCGUUGAGAAUCUACUAGAAACCUGCGUUAUUCUAGGACAUCAUUUGGCACCGCAAAAAAAUCAUGCAGUCACAUAUGGGCCAAUUUAUUGCGAUAAUUGCAGUGCUGCUGUGUGGACAAUGCUUCAAUCCUGGUAUAUGUGUAAUGAUUGUGGAUUUUGCUGUCAUGCGAAGUGUCUAACCGCCACCUGCCGAGUCUGUGCGCAUAUUGUUGCCAGUGAAGCUGGUGGAUAUACAUUUACGAAGGAUAUAUGUCCCGAGCGUGGUCUCUCAGCACAGUUGUACAGAUGCGCCGAAUGCAAUGCCAGCAUAACGUUUAAUAAAUUGAUACAUUGUUUUUUUCUGCAAGCUUUCACCAAAGGAUUAUUUCUGUCGUGUUUUGGAAGUCCCUUCAAAUACACAGAGGCUGCCUGGAUAGAACCACGCCUUUGCGACUAUACUGGAUUGUAUUAUUGUCAACGCUGCCAUUGGAAUACUACUGCUCCCAUACCUGCCCGCAUAAUUCGAAAUUGGGAUAUGGAACCUCGAAAGGUGUCUCGAGCAGCUGCUCAGCUGUUGGAAAUUCUAGAACAGCGUCCAGUCUUGAAUCUAGAGCAGCUAAAUCCAAAAUUGUUCACAUUGGUUCCAGAUUUGUCACUGGUCAAGAAGCUACGUGAAGAAUUGCAGAUGAUUAAACGGUACUUGGUAUUUUGCCCAAAUGCAGAUAACGAAGGAUUGCCAUGGCGUGCUGGCUUGCGGUCACAUAUGGUAGAAAAUUCCGGCAGCUACGCAAUCAAAGAUUUGAUCGAUCUUCAGAAUGGAACGCUUAUAGAGGAAAUUCGAGCUGCGCAUGAUGCUAUGCGUAAACAUGUCGCAGAAAACUGUGAUUUGUGUAGAGCAAGGGGGCAUUUGUGCGAGUUAUGCGGUAAUGAUGAGGUGAUAUAUCCUUGGGAUGCUGGUUCGUUUUCAUGUCCUGAGUGUUCGACGGUCUAUCACCGUGCUUGUUGGGCAAAGCGCAAUCAUCAUUGUUCAAAAUGUUCUCGUAUUCAGAAGCGACUUGCUUUAAACCAAUGGCAGGGAGACGGUAACUUGCAGGUUUCCACACAAAUAGAUGAGACGAAAGGGAUAAUGCAGUCGGACCAAACAUAUAGGAUGUCCUAGAAGUGAAUGCAGAGAAUAAUAGAGAGUGCCAAGCUGUGUGAAUUCACUGAGAAAUUUACCUGUAGAACAUGUGGUCUCUAAAACAGCAUUGGCGAGAUACGACUAAUUAAACAGUCGCGCCUGGUAGAUGAACAUCUUCGAGUCAAUGCUUCAGUUUCUACUUCAUCGAGCUCAACUGUGUAUCCAAGUUAGACGACGUAACUUCGAGAUCUUCUUCUAACGAGAGGAGAGGGGGAGGGCCAUUUCAGAGCCUCUAUUACAUAACUCUACAAAUUGAAAAAAGAAGCUUUCGAGGAACUUGAGUAACUAGUCAUGUCACCGCCAUCGGUUUCAUUGAGCAACAGUGUAGCCGAGGUUGAGAAAAUCAACUACGCACAUCACGGAACGAAAUACAGAUUUUGACAAGAUAAUCUGCUAAUUUGCCUGGCCCAGCUACAUGCCGUAAAGCACCCCCUGCCACAAAUAUUUAAAUCUGGCACAUUAUGAGUGAUUGAUUGUAUAGAUACUAAGAACACAAAGUUCAUUGAAUUCUGAACAAAACUUCAACUCAGGGAUGAUGAUGGGAAAAAGAAAAACGUGGAAUACUAUUGUUCCCAUGAAAAAUCCGAAAAUACCUAUUACUAUAAUCAGGAUAUCCUUGGCAAAGGUACAGAUGCUAAGGGUCGAGUCCUGCCAGCCUACUACCAUCUCGAUGAUCGGAGGAAAUAGUAACGCCAACGCGGUACUACUUACAGCACCCACCAAAGAUAUGACUAGGUCGAGUCGGGGGAUAGCCGCUGCCAGGGCGACUGCGGCCGAGAGAAACAAUGGUAUUACCGACGCCGCGACGGCGAGGAUUCGGUGAACGGGGACGCUAGCUAACUCACCUUGAGUCGACACGAUUGUGCCUAUCCUGUGGAUUUACAUCCAUCUUCAGUGCGAAAAGUGGCCUGAUUUACCGAAUCCUCACGGUAUACCUCGUCGUAUAUUAUACAUGUAUAAUCAUGCGUGUACACGUACAAUAUAUCGCAUGCGGGAAUUUUUGUCAUAAUAUAAUAUGCAUACAUAUAUCAUACGAGGAUUUCUCGAAGCGGGCUUUUUAAGCCGCUUGAGGUGACUUCGUGCCGUGUGUAUGUUAACCGAGUAGUUCUCAUCUACUAGUUGGCUUGAACCGUAAGUGUAGAAGUCCCGCUUCAACAAAUCCUCUGCCUACAUAAGGAAUAUACUUGAAAGAUUAGCGACAGUUACCGCUAUCCAUCACUCUACGGACUACCGAACACGCACACGAAUAAUUCUCCGUACCUGGAGGCAUACUUACAUGUAAAAAUGCAGAGAGCUGACCGAAAGGCAAUCUCAGCAACAGCAGGACUUCGAAAAGGCCCAAAUUUAUUAAUUAUCAACGGCCACAUAAUUUCAACAGGCACGUAAAAUUGUAGGGCAUAUGAGAACAGUAUUCCUAAGCAGAUGGCUAUUUUAAUGCACUGCGAUAAUCUGCGGAAAAUAAAGAAAACCUUACACGUGGUCUGGUAUUACGUACAACGAUAGAAAUAAUUUUGCAUCUAAUUUUGAACUCACAUUUGCUUUUUGUCAAGAUUUAGGGUCACGGAUCCUUCAACAAGAUCACCAUACUUGAGAUAAGCUAGAAAACCUGUCGAAACAAACAUGACUGACACUAGAACCAUCCCUACGUUCAAUACACCCAGGGGUUUGUCAAAGUUGCGAGGCUUCUUCAUCUCAUUCUUCAAAGGCAAUACCUGCGCGACGCAUUAAAAUUAAACACGGUAUUGAAUGAAACACUACUUUCAGACACGCGAUGUUAAUCGCAUAUGUGUCUUCUUGUAGAACUCUGGUAAACGAGAGUACUUUGCAAUUUGAUGGUUUGACUGUCAAAUUCGGCGGACAAGUCGUUAAAAAUUUUAGUCACAAGGCCCGAUAUUGUAUAAACUAUAAACUUCAAUUAAAUUUUCGCCGCAGUAUAUCAUAUAUGCAGUACAUUAUCUACAUAAGAUUCGCGCUGGAAGCUUCUUACUGUGCACGGGUUGCUCUGCAAUCGGGUACGUAAAUUCGUAUCGCCUUUCGUCUUUACGAACAUAUCGUAGUAGGUAAUAUGCCUCACGUUAUUCAUCAUGCGCCAUUGGUACACUGAUAAUUACUCACCAGACUGAUACCUUCGAAAGAGUAGAUAACCGUGCUAAAGAACAACGGAAGUGUAUUCCAAGAUGCGAUGUAUUUACGUUCCCGUGUAAUCGAUGGCAAGUCGUACGAUAAAAGGUAGAUCGUGCAAGCGUAUCCUCCCACCAUAAGGAAAUUCGCAACCGAGGAUAUCGGGAUCAUGUAUUCUAGAUUCCGCACCCAAGUAGUGAGAAGUAUUGGAAUAAGCACCACAGCCAUGUGCACAUGCACGUCCCAUUCUAGUCCGUGUACGUCCAUCACCUAUCGAACGGAUGCCAUGCACUCAGAUAUGUCGAACUUGUAAACGAGGCAUAGAAACUAGUGUUUUUAAUUCUCGUGUACGGGCUACAGCUUACUCAACGAUAUUCAAGAUAUUCCACAAUCACCUUUCUUUCGAUUUGAAUAUAAGCAGUUACUGUCGCCGUACUUAUUUGCAAUUCGAACGCAAUCUAUUCUUCGAAAGUAGAAUAUUCCCAAAUUUCGCUCAGAUAAAUAUAAGUAUUGGGUUGUUCCAACAAAUCUGUUCUAUUUGCGAACUGUGUUACACAGAUACAAUGAGGAUGUAUUGCAACUCCCAUACUUGUAUACAGUAGGGCUUUUCACGUGAACUGAUUCGGCCACCUCUAGACUUCGAAACCUUCGAUUUUGUUACAUUGUUUGUAAGUGAGAGAACCGUCCUCGAUUUUUGUCAAAACCUUUCGGUUUCCUGUACGGAAGUUCUUAAGAGUCGAAAUUUGGCGGUGUACCAAAUUCGAGAAUUUUCGAUCUGUGGAUUUAUUUCGAGCUGAAAUAUCGUGUGAACGAAAACAAGAUUUUGAUUGAUGAACCGGCUUUCAAACAUUAUAUUUCACUUUGAAUAAACUCUUCCCAUAAGUGAAAGAAUCCGAUUUCACGUGCAUUCCUGUGUACCGCAAAGAAAAAAUAUAAAUAUUUCAAAUUAUUUUGUGGUAAGUGGAAGUCCAACUUUUUAGUCUUCGGGAAGACUUUAUCGAAUAUGAGAAAAAUGCGUAGAAUCGGGAAAAAAAUUCGUCACUUUCAUAAAUAAUGUGAUUUGUGAUAAAACGAUAAAAAGUGUAAUGACAUUUCUUGGUAAAUGGGAAUCAAAUUCAUCCAUUUGGAGGGAGACAAAAAAUUUGUGUAAUUCCAAAAAAGCAUUUCAAAAUUUUUCAAAAUAACAAUACUGAGCAAAUUUUGGCUUUUCCUUUGAAAAUACAACGAUAAUUCAUAAAAUUACGAUGCAUUAUUUCUCAAAACGUUGUAUUCAAGACGAAACAGUAAUAAAAUAUUCUCGAAUUUCAUGAACCGCCAAAUUUUGUCUCCUAAGACCUCCGGAACGGAGAUACGAACAAUUCUGACAAAGACUAAGAAUAUAGUUACGUCUCGGCUGGUGUAACUAAUCCCUAAAAUGGCCUAAAAGAAAACAAAAUCGAAGGUGACGAGGUCUGAAGGUGGUCCAGUUCCAGUCGUAAGCCCCGUAUGUAACGAAUACACGGUAAUUAGACCAUAGUCGUUAUACUCGCCUGUUUCACGUUUGAAGAAAUGAAUACAAAGUAAACGCAACAAAAUCCUAGUUGCGUCGUACACAGGAAUAAGUUGACCAACUUUCUGGAACAAA